CGGCUCCAGCAGCUCGAGCAGCAGGCCGCGGGCGUCGCGAAUUCGACCGUCGCGUCCAUCUCCUCCGAGGAGUACGUCCAGCACCUCGAGCGGCUGCGGGCCCAGCUCAAGAAGGCCUGGGCCAACGACGAGCGCGUGCUGGCGCUGAAGAUCGCCAUCCAGGCCGCGAAGCUCCUCGGCGAGACGGCCGCGCCUGCUUUCUACCCGGCCAUGUUCGUGCUCACGUCCGAGCUGCUCGACCUCUUCGGCAAGCUCGUCUACGACCGCAUCCGCGCCAAGGCCGACGCCGCGGCGCCGGGCCGGCGGGGCCUCGGGGCGGCCUUCGCGUCGCGCGACGUCUGCGCGGACGCCAAGGAGACGCGCCGGACCGCGUGCCGGAACUGGUUCUACAAGACCGCGUGCAUCCGCGAGCUCCUGCCCCGCUUCUACGUCGAGGUCGCGCUGCUGAAAUGCUACGAGUUCCUGAGCGACGGCGAGUUCCCGGCGAUCCUGGGGCGUUUAGGGUCCAUCGCGCGCGGCGUCGGCGACCCGCUGGUCGGGGUCUACGCGCGGUGCUACCUCGCCAAGGUCGGCGCGGACGUCGCGCCGGCCUGCAAGCCCUACGCCGUGACCAUGCUCCACGACUACUUGUUCUGCUUCAAGGAGGUGCGCCGCGAGCCCUUCGCGUCGCGGCUCGCGGCGCUCGGCCUGAGCGACGGCCAGUACAUCCGCCUCGGCGAGCCCGCGGUCGAGUGGGUCCUGCGGUGCAUCGGCCGCGGCGCGUCCUACGAGCACUUCGAGACCGUCGUCGCCCACUACCGCGACUACUGCAACGACGCGACGGUGCUGGCCCACAUCGUCGACGCGUUCGACGCGGCGUCCGUCGCCAAGCACCCGCUCGGCGUCGUCGGCCUCGCGAAGCAGGCGGAGCCGUCGCGCGUCACGACGGUGGCGCUUUUAGGGCGCCUGGGCCGGCGCUUCGCCGAGUGCCCGCCGCCGCCGCACCAGCGCCUCGCCGUGCUGAACGAGGUCUGGAAGGUCGCGACGCGGUGCACGGAGCUCGGCGACUACGUCGCGUGCGCGACGGCGUGGCUCGACUGCCUGCUGAAGCACUACGGCGACCGCGAGGUCAAGGUGCUCUUAGGCGACGUCAUCGACCACGUCGACGCGGCCAUCGCCGAGGGCGUCCUCGGGCCGAACCGCGCGGGCGGCGACGGCGACGGCGCCGAGACGCGGCAGCUCGAGGAUCUCGUGCAGCUGUUGAUCGAGUCGUGCUCCAAGUUCGGCGGGGCGAACGUGAUCCUCGCCAGCGACCACUUCCUGAAGCUCCUGGACGUCUUCCGGCCCCACCGCAAGGUCGAGAUCGCCAAGGAAUUGCUGGCGAACUGCGGCGGGCGGACGUCGAGGGCGGCGACCGUGUCCGACCCCGUGCUCGUGCACGCGAUCCUCGAGAUCGGCCGCGUCGCCCACGACGCCCUCGAUUCCCUGUCGCCCGACGGCGAGCGGCGCCACGUCGCGUCGCUCGUCUGCGGCUUCGUCGACGCCGUCGACUUCGGCCGCGACGUCGAAAGGCAGCUCGGCGUCUACGUCGAGUGCCGCGCGGCGUUCCACAACCUGGACCCCGUGCUCGACAAGGUCGUUUUAGAGGCCUGCCACCUCGCCAUGUGCUGCCGGAAAUGGGUCGCCGGCGGCCAGCACACGGAACGGACGCUGGGCUUCGCGAAGGCGUGUCUGGCGUUCUGCCACGUCACGAUCCCCUCCAUCGGCCGGUCGUUCCGCCGUCUAGAUCUCCUGGAGCACUGCGGCCACGUGGCGCUCUUGAACGGCUGCCUGCCCCACGCGGACACGUUUUUCAAAGCGGCGGUGACGCACAUCCCGGACGCGCCGCGCGCCGAGGCGUCGACGUACUUCGGCGUCGGCGAGGGCGACCGCGAGCCCCACACGGAGCCGCGCCUGGUCGCCUUCGUGACGAAGCUCGUCGGCGCGCUGGUGGCCGUCCCCGGCCACCCGGACCACGGGCCCUUCUACCUCGUCAAGGGGCUGCUGAACGCGCUCCCGAAAUACGAGCACUGGCAGAAGCACACGGGCGGCCGCGCGAAGGCGACGCUCGCGCUGCUCCCGCUGCUCGCGGCCUACGCGCAGCGGCGCCUGCCCUACACGGCGCCGGGCGUCGAGGCCAACGACGUGCUCUACGGCGGCGCGCCCGAGUACCUCGCCGAGCUG